AUGUCUAAAAUACCAAGCCAGCGGGUGGUCAUUGUCGGAAUCGACGCAAAUGCGAGGAUGGGACUCGAACUGCAAUCCGAUGUGCUAGGAAAAUGGUACUAUGCAGCGGAGCGCACGUCGGACAACGGUGACCGUCUGGUCGACUUGUGCGAACAGACGGGCCUUAUCAUUGCUUCCACGUUUAAGAGGAAUCAUCGACGCCAUCAGCUCACGAGGCAGAGGUCAACCCUUUUAACGCCUGAAGAGCAGCGCAAGCAAAAGAUGAGGACUCUUAAGCUUCAGCUCGACUACGUUCUGGCGAGGAACGUUCCUCAGUCAGAUGUCCGAAAAUCUAGAGCUGUUUGGGACGUCGCGUUCGACUCUGACAACCGUCCAGUUCUUCUCAGCUUCAAGAUACGGUUCCACAAGAGAAAUAGAGGAAUUCCUCUUCAACCGAAAAUCGACAUGGCAGGUCUGAAAGAUGAUGAAUGCAGAACAAAAUUCCGCCAACGUGUGUCUAUUCAUGUUGGAGUACGGGCCAAGAAGAAGCUUCGCGAUGCGGAUUCCUUCACAAAGUGCAUCCAGGACGCUGCAAGGGAAACGCUCCCGGUUCUAUUGCCGCGGAAGAAGUUUGCCUUUGCAUUUGCGGAAACAAAAUCCACAUACAAUACUGUAUGUGUCGCACAGCGCUGA